CAACGCGCACAAACCGGAAAUAGUUUGGACUGAACUCACAUGUUAAAAUGAAACAUAAAAAUAACAAAAAUUACAAGUCUCAAAAGACCAAAUUUAAGCCAGGAUUAAAAAAGAGAGAAAACAAAUGCAUUGUUACGUUUGACGAAAAGGAUCGACAGGAUUAUCUCACAGGUUUCCACAAGAGAAAAGUGGAGAGAAGAAAAGCAGCAGUGGAAGAAAUUAAGAGAAAAAUUAAAGAGGAACAAAUCAAAGUCCGAGAAGAAAGACAUAAAGAAUAUUUGAAGAUGCUGAAAGAGAGAAAAGAAGCUCUUGAUGAUGAUGAUGAUAAGGACGAUUUAGAGGACGUCAUAACUGCAACUAAAGAGUCUGUUCAAUACGAUCAUCCCAAUCACACUGUUACUGUGACAACAAUCUGUGACCUCGACCUCACAGGGUCCCACCUGCUGGGCCCCAGAUCAGACCAGGUCGAUGAGGAACGUGAUGAAGAGAGAAAUGCUGAAGUGGAGGAAAAGAAACCCGCCAUGCCAAAAAAAGCUGGUAACCCAAUCCUCAACAAAAAGAUCCGCUCCUUAACGGCUUCACUCAACACAUUUACCACCAAGAGGAAGAAAAAGGGAAAACAGAAAGGCACAGGCCGAGCAGCAGACAAAAAAGUCUAUGAAACUGAAAGGAAAUCCAAAGGUGGACGAACCACUAAGAGAGAGAGACGCAGACGGACCGGCAGGAAUGAAACUUUAAAAAUGCAAAACUAGGACAAAAGACAGAGUCUGGCUGUUUUAUUCCAGCUUUGUGUGUAAAUAUUAUCUGCUGAUUGUAGCUG